UCGGCAGUGAUGCUAGCAGCGCAGAAGCUGCGCGGUUCUGCUGCCGAGCUGACGGCGAGCUGCGCCCCGCACCUGCAGCCUGAUGCGCAGCAGCAGCUGCUGGCCUCGCAGCAACACCUGGAUGAUAGCAUUGAGAGAGUGCUGAUGGCUUAUAGAGAUGCUGAUGACGUGGAUGACGUGUCAUCACCUCAACUACAAGAGAAGCAACGAGUGCAGUUCGUGAAUACGGUCGCCGGAGCUAAGGAACGAUUGGAUGCUGUCGAUCAACAGCUAAAACAGCCAGUACUAUGUCAGAUGAUGAGACAAGAAGACGGAGUAGCGUUGGAACAUCAGCUGUCUGAUCGCAUGGCGCAGCUCAAUGCUGCAGUCGCCGCCCUCGCCGCUGCUACUGCAGAUCGCAAGAAUCCUGACUACUCUGCAGCAGACCAGGCCGUGAAGACUAUAACCGAGCUCAUGCCACAACUCGUUCAAGGUAGGAUGAGGCUUUAA